ACUGGAAGCGAUCGUUUGCGACGAUUUUGUUGAUUGGCGUUGGGCUGACGCUUGCGUCCGAUCAAGUGUCAAACUUGCUACAAUCACCUCGCUCGCAUGCACAUUGCGUUCACGGAGCAUCAUUUUAAUUCGGGAUUUUCGUUGCCGUUGUAGCUUCCACUGCCGGGUUAUUCGUUUUACACCUGGCCGUCUGCACCGGUGCUUGCCUGGUUUCUUUGGGAACGACGCCAUUCGCUCAUCAACAAACGAAUACUAGAGAUCGGUGCCGGUACGGCGCUGCCGGGGCUGCUGGCAGCAAAGUGUGGAGCUCACGUAACACUCAGCGACUGCAGUACGCUACCGAAGACCUUGGAACACAUACAGCGUUGUUGUCGAUUGAACAAUCUUGUGCCCGGACCCGGCAAGGACAUCGAAGUCAUCGGACUGACGUGGGGACUAUUCCUGGAGCAGGUGUUGCAGCUAGGACCGCUGGACUUGAUUCUCGGUUCCGACGUGUUCUACGAUCCGUCGGUGUUUGAAGACAUUUUGGUGACGGUUUCGUUUAUACUCGAGGCAAAUCCGGGCGCGAAAUUCAUCUGCACCUACCAAGAACGGAGUGCCGACUGGUGUAUAGAGAAUCUCCUGAAGAAGUGGGAUUUGGUUUGUUCCGUCAUCAGCUUAGACAAUCUCAGUGAGGACCUCGGUGUAGAUCCACAGGAGUUGAUGGGCAACCAUACCGUCCAUUUGUUGGAAAUAGUGAGACAACCGAUUGGAUAGGCCCUUCACAAAAGCUACUGCCAUGUCUUCCACCACCGCUGCGGCCAGCACGAUCGCCCGAGGCGUGCAAAAAUUGUUCGUAGGCAACCUGCCGUGGACGGUCAGUACGAAGGAGCUCAAAACCUACUUCUCCAAGUACGGCCAUGUCCAUUCGACGAACGUAAUCUAUGACAAAACGACCGGAAUCAGUCGUGGGUAUGGGUUCAUCGUGUUCAGCACGCGCGAAGGCUUCACCAAUGCCACCAACAACCGGUUACACGUGCUCGAGGGACGUGUGCUGGACUUGCAACCUGCCUCUUCUUAACAUGUAAGCAUAGGAUACGGACACAUUUCGAAGGAAUCGCUUAAAAACAUGCAAUGUAAUCGAAUGUAUGAUUUCAUUGAAUAGAAAUGUUUGAUUUAGCCAUAAAACUAA